UCCUGCCUCAGCAGCAGCACACUGCCCCCAUCCCCGGAGAUCCUGCCUCAGCACUGCCGACAUCCUGCAGCCCCAGCCUAUCCCCCCGGCAGCCCUCCCAGACCCCUGCUGCACGGGCACUGUGUGGGAGGAGGAGAGACGAGGGAUGCAUCUUGUGCUCUGCUGGUAGCAGCCUUCUCCCCUCCUAUUGACAGCUCCCAAGUCUAGGUGCAUGUUUGGCUGCCAGUGCACCCACCACACGGGGAGCAUGAAAAUGAUUCGCCUGAGGACCCCCAGCAUGAGGUCCCUAAACGUGGAGAUGAGGUGCACGGUGCGCCUGCCGGACGACUCGGAGAUCUGCUGCAGCAUCCAGAAAGAGACCAAAGGCCAGUUUCUCAUCGAUCACAUCUGCAAUCACUACAGCUUGUUGGAGAAGGACUAUUUUGGAAUCCGCUUUGUUGACCCAGAAAAGCAAAGACACUGGCUCGAUCCCAAUAAGCCCAUUUCCAAGCAAAUGAAAUCUCAUCCACCAUACACCAUGUGCUUUAGAGUGAAAUUCUACCCUCAUGAACCUUUGAAGAUUAAAGAAGAGCUCACCAGGUAUCUUUUGUAUCUUCAAAUAAAAAGGGACAUUUUCCAUGGCCGUCUGUUGUGUUCAUUUGCUGAUGCUGCAUACCUAGGUGCUUGCAUUGUUCAAGCUGAGAUCGGAGAUUAUGAUCCCGAUGAACAUCCUGACAACUACAUUUGUGAUUUCAAGAUAUUUCCCAAACAAUCACAGAAAUUGGAAAGAAAAAUUGUUGAAGUUCAUAAAAGUGAACUCAGAGGUCAGAGCCCAGCUGUUGCAGAAUUUAAUUUGCUGUUGAAAGCACAUUCCCUGGAAACCUAUGGGGUUGACCCUCACCCAUGCAAGGAUUCUACAGGGACCACAACAUUUCUUGGGUAUACCGCUGCAGGGUUUGUGGUUUUCCAGGGUAACAAGAGGAUACACUUAAUAAGAUGGCCGGAUAUCUGCAAAAUGAAAUUUGAUGGGAAAACGUUCCACGUUGUUGUAAUGCAGAAGGAGAAAAAAACUGUUUUAACCUAUCAUACCUCAACACCAGCAGCCUGUAAACAUCUGUGGAAAUGUGGGGUGGAAAAUCAGGCCUUCUACAAGUAUGCAAAAUCAAGUCAAGUAAAAAGAGUGACUAGUAGCAAUAUAUUUUUUAAGGGGAGCCGGUAUCGUUAUUGUGGGAAAGUUGCAAAAGAAGUUGUAGAGGCAAGCUCAAAAAUCCAGAGGGACCCACCAGAAGUUCACAGAUCUCUAAUCCCGCACAGUCGCAGCUCCUAUUCCUUAAACAAGCAGCUUAUCAUUAACAUGGAACCACUUCAGCCACUCAUUCCAUCUCCAAGUGAGGAGGAAGAGGAGGAGGACGUGGAGGCCUCACAAGAGGAAAGUAUCCUGCUUUCACAGCAAAAUGAUGCUCAUUCUUCCCCUGUGCCUGGCAACUCCCCAACUAGGGAUAUUGAGGUGAUGCCAGAUCUCCGACACAAUGAAGAGGACAGCAUAAAAGAGGAGCCUUUAACUAUUUCAGAGCAGGUGUACAACCCCAGUGCUAGCUUGCUGCCCACACCAGUAGAUGAGGGGGUUGAGAUGCUCUUUAACAGCUCGCUCAGAGCAGAGGCUGGAAGGGAUGAUGCUGAUUCAUUUGAGGAAUUUGAUGCAGAUGAACAUGCAUUUUUGAUUGCAGAGGAAGAAGAAAUGAAGGAGGCCAGGAAAGCGCUAAGUGUGAGCUACAAUUUCCUGAUGGGAAACAUGCAGCUGAAUGCGUUUCUGAAAAGCUUCUCCCGGCUGGUUUUGGUAGCUUUGGGGUUGCUCUUGGUACUUCUACCAUUGUUACUUGUCCUGCUGGAGUCAGACAUUGACAUUUCCUUUCUACAUGACAUCCGACAGACUCCGGAGUUUGAGCAGUUCCACAACCAGUACUACUGCCCUCUUAGAAAGUGGCUGGCAUGUAAAAUUAGCUUGGCACUUAAUGUUGCCAACAGCUCUUAAACUAUUGCAAUAUUCAUACCUGAGGUUUAUAUCCAGCAGAUGGAUCUCUUCCCCAUCAUAUUUUAGAGCAGUCUUCUCAAUCCUUAACAGGGUUAUUGAUACUGUUACCAAAAAUACAGAACUACAUAAUUACAUUGUAAACUGUCUAGAUUCCAUUGUUUUUUUACUAUAUAGUGAGGUAAUUAUGGAAAUAUCUCUAUAUUUUUAGCAGUUAACAUAAUGAGGUGUAUAAACUAGGCUGCAUUCAACUUUCACCUGUUCCUGAAGAGUCACUGUGAAUAUAAACCUCAGUAUAAUUUACUACAACCCCUUCCUGCCAUAGUGGACUGGUACUAUGAAGUGCGGUGCAGUCACCCCUGGCAGUGGAAUGGGUAACCGAUGCCUAUACAAGCAACAUUUUUUUGCUGGUUUUAUUUUCUUACCUUUUUAUGUGUUUCAAUAUUUUGGUAAAUUUGUAGUAAAGAAAUAUGUCUUCUUAACUUAUUUAAUUGUACAGACCUAAAAGUUUAAUGCACAAGCGCAUGUUGAGAAAACAGUUUUUACGUGUCUCUGCAAUGUUGCUUUUUCCCAAUGUUUUAUUCUUAUUUAGUCAAUGCCUCGUGUAUAUUUUUUCAUUUUUUGAAACACAGAUGAUAAUUGCACAGCACAUGAAAGAUGUUCAGCAGGUGUACUGAUGGUGACUAUAGCCAGGAACAAUGCAGUUUAUGUGUAAUACAUGCAAAAAGUGUAUUUUCCUAUUUAGUCAGGGUAUAUAUAGUUUGUAUAAAUUGCACAAGCCUAAUUUAUAUGGAAACGGGAAGUCAAAUUUAUAAUAUUGUUUCACUUAAAUGAAUUAAAUAUAUCCCAAGAAAAAAAAGAAACUCUUGUGUAAAUUUGAUGAAUUUGGCAAUUUUUUUUCACAAAUCUCACUUUGAAAUCAGUGUUAGAAAUGACUAAAGUGUCACAACCAUUAACAUGUUCAGAUCUUUAAGUUAGCCUUGUUUAAAGGCACUUUCAUGAAAAUCGUGUUCAGCUUUUACUGGGUGAGCUUAAUUGAACACAAUGAUACAAUGCCAUUGCUUAUUCUUUGUAAACUGAGAAAUUAAAGGGAUUGUCCAGUAGAGAAAAAUUUUGUAAAGAGAUCACAGUGAUCACUGAUCCCCCACUGCUGCUGUUCCAAUGCUUACAAUGCCCACAGGUCUUAACCUGAUAUUUGAUGGUUUGGAAUCUGAAACCUUCCACUUGCACAUUUCAGACUUUAGAUGAAUACCAUGUUUUCUUUUCCUCUCCUCCUGAUCUUCUAAGUGCUAAAGUAAUGUAUGUAAAUAAUGUGUUUGCUCUGGGGUUGCCUUGAUUGCAUGGACCUGCUCUCAUAAAAACCCUUCAUCCAAGUACAGAAGACCCUACCGAAUUUGGUGGUUUUCCAGACAAUCUUAUUAUCUGCUUAAUCCUCUGAUGGCUGAGAUUAAAGCAAGCCUCUGGUUUAAAAAAAUAAAUUCACAUUACUUGGGGUAGGAGCAACGCUUACAUGGUGACCUCAUUUUAGCUGCAGGUCUGUCAUUUCCUGGACUCCUCUUUUGCCAUCCAAGAUGGCUGCUCCACUUCCCAGACUACCUGGUGCCUACUGUGCAUUUGGUAGCCCAAGACACUUCCUACUGCCCU